AUGUCGGAAGCACACGCAAACAAACAUCUCGAUACCAAAACCAUCAUCUCUUUCUUCAAGGGAGCCCGUGACUCCCAAGGUUGUCGUGAUGGACAUUUCAACAACUUAGAAGGAUGUCUUGAGGUCUUAGACCUUGAGAGUUUCGAGGGCGUGUCUUUGAAUCAGCUUUCGGAUGCGAUCACCAACAAGCUGCCCUCGGACGUGAGUAGAAUGGGGACUUUGACCAUCUAUGUCAUGUGGCUGUAUCCACGCCUCAUGGCCAUCGAUGUUUCGGCCGAGGGCUCUCUCACCCAAGAGAUCACAACUUGGUAUCGGUUCCUGAAGGCCAUGGCCAGUCACGACGACCUCAUUUUCGAGGCGUUUCGCAACUGGCAACGCCACCAGGCCAUCGCGGACCCUACAAGCUCGAGACGGCUCAGCAUCGCGGAAGCCGAGCUGCGCGGGUUGAUGGCGAGUCCUUCAACGUCUGUGAACCCCGGCCUAAGUGCUGCAAAGCCAGAGGCUUUGUUCGGUCAGAUGCACCCUGACAGGGUCAAAUUGUCUCAGGAACCUCGCACAGUCAUCGAGAUUGACGAUGAUGACGAUGGUGGCGACGACGAUGUUGUCUUCAUCUCUUCGAAGACGUUACCGAAGGGGAGGGGCUCCUCCGAGGGGCAUGGACAAAAUCCGCAGCCAGGUCUUCCUAUCUUGACGGGGCCCAACAUGCUGGCCGUGAAAGAUUUGACCACGGCGCCUCCCAAGAAGAAGGACUCUGAGGUUGCUGAGACGAAGCGGAAGUUAUCAGCGAAAUAUUCCGACUCGUCUUCCGCCUCGCCCAGAACUGAGAAAGGCGGCACCUCGAAGCGGCCUCCUCAGUACUACGUCUGUGACCGCUGCGGGCAGCAGGGACACCUUUUGAAGAAAUGUCCGACCAAUAUGGAUCCCUCCUUCGACAGGAAGCCGCCCCAGAACUACAAGUGCCACUUCUGCAAGAAGGUCGGAGAACACUACGGCCCUCUGUGCCCUAAGCACCCACAUCCGGACUCUAUUGCAGCCCAGAGGCGUGCGUAUGCGAAGACAGGCGGUAGGGUUGAGGGAGCACGCCGGCCAGACCAUAUGGAUCGUUUUCAGGACAAACGGGCGGAGCCAUCUCAGGACGGGCGAGAAUCCCAGUAUGACAUCCCAGCCCGUGGUACAGAUCGGUCCUCGUCGCCAGUCCGUGAAGUUGGGCGCCAUCGUUACGGGGACAAAUAUCGCCCAGUGGACAAGUAUCGUCCUGAGGAUGAGUUCUCUCGUCUGUCCCUGUCAAUGCCUCGGGAUCAGCGACGUAAACGCAAGGCAUCGCGCUCGCCUUCCCCCGACAAAACCGUUUUGAGGAAGAAGAGCCAGGGCUUGGCCAUUGCUGGUAUGGCGAAUUGGUCUUCCAAGGCUGCGACAUUAUCUGACAAUCUCAUGGGUCGGCGGGAUGACGACCUCAUCGUGCAGCGGGGAGGUCAGCGGGAAGGACGACUGUCAUAUGACGACGAAGUGGACGAGGAUGUCACGCAAACCCGUCCUCCUAGGCGCGUCACUUCUGCUCCGGUUGAGCAGGAAGGACGACUG